CCCUCAAUGUGUCGAUCGCAUCAGCAUCAGGGAAUUCUCUUCACUCGGAUUCCCAGAGCCAACAAGUUGCCUAAAAGACAAAAAAGUCCGACGAGCAUUAAAUUAUUGAACCCAUCCAAGCAUUCCCGUGCCACAGUGCAAACCCCCAAAUCCAAGCUGACUCCCUCCUCCUCCAACCAUGGGUUCUUACCAUGGCAACACCAACAAUCCUUACCUCACUGUUUCACCAGCUCCAGCAUAUGAAACAAGACCGAUGGAUAGGAUGUGUGACGCGUUGUAUCGUUGCGGGAAGACGGUGGAAAAUGCUACCAGAAAAGCUGAGAACUUUGCUGACAACUUGUGGCAACACCUCAGGGUUAGUACUAGUCUCACUGAUGCAGCAAUGGCAAAGAUUUCUCAAGGGACAAAACUGCUUAUAGAAGGGGGGCAUGAAAGGUUAUUCCAACAAGCUUUUCAAAUCUUGCCGGGAGAGAAGCUCUUGCAUGCAUUUGCUUGCUAUCUAUCAACCACCUCUGGACCUGUGAUUGGAACACUUUAUGUAUCUACCCAAAGAAUAGCCUUCUGUAGUGAUUAUCCUCUCAGCUAUUAUCCUUCCCCUGGCCGAUUGGAAUAUAUUUAUUAUAAGGUGGUGGUGCACCUUGAUCAGUUGGCAGCAGUCAAUCCUUCUUUGAACGUGUUGAACACUUCUGAGAAAUACAUUCAUGUUCUCACAGUGGAUGGCUAUGAGUUUUCGUUUAUUGGGUUCAUCUCAUAUGACAAGGCACUCAAGGCUCUAAACGAUGCUUUACAGCGCCGUCCCACCAGUCACAAUUGCUCCACACGAUUCAUACAGCUCUAAACCACAGGCAUUCUGUCUCGUGCCCUUUAUAUAGAUUGAAGCAGAAGGUCAGUUUGUACUUUGUAAUUAUAUAGUUGUAUCGUAUCAGAUUUGCCUGUUUGUGUAGAAAACUUCUUAAAUAAAUCUGUGUGUAUGUGGGAGAAUUUGAAUGCCAUGUUGACAAUUAUAAAUGACUUCAGUGUUAACUUUUGUAUUUUGCAAAUAAAUAGAGGCUUUAGUG